AUGGAUCAGUUGGAGCAGAAUCAGGCUGCUAUGAGGGAGGAUAUGACCAUUGUGAAGGCUCAGAUGGGUCAGCUCGUUGAAGCCCUACAAGCUCUGGCUAGGGGACAAGAGGAAAUGCGUCAGGCUAAUUUGAGAGCCUCUAAUGCCAACCCUGUUGUUGUGACUAUACCGAUGAAUCCACAAGGAGGAGCUGGUACGCCUGUUGUAGCUCAGCCACCUCCCGAAAGAGGUUCUGUGUAUCAAGAUGCCGCUCAGACGUUCAAUAUCCCCGCCAAUGGGAGAUUCCAACCGGAGAUUGACGAACAACAGGAUGCUUUCUUCACUACAAAGGCUGACUCAGUUUAUGAAGCUUUUGGCCCUUCUCUUGCUGACAUUGAAAGGAGAUUUCAAAUGGUGGAGGAGAGAUUCAAGGCGAUGCAAGGUCAUGAUACCUUCGGGUUGGAUGCUGCUGACAUGUGCUUAGUGCCAGACGUGAAAAUUCCUCCCAAGUUCCAAGUCCCGAGCUUUGAAAAAUAUCAAGGGGACACUUGUCCAAAGACCCACAUCCGAGCUUUCUGCAGAAAGAUGGCCGCUCAUUCAAGUGACGAGAAACUCUUAAUGCACUUUUUCCAAGACAGUAUUAGUGGAGCUUCUCUGGAAUGGUAUAUGCAGCUCGAGCGCACGCAUAUACGAACCUGGAGGGAACUUGUUGAAGCCUUCUUGAAGCAUUAUCAGUAUAACUCAGACCUGGCUCCCAAUCGGACUCAGCUCCAAAGCCUUUCUCAGAAGCCGGAUGAAUCAUUCAAAGAGUACGCUCAGCGAUGGAGAGACCUGGCUGCCAGGGUUCAACCCCCUCUUCUUGAAAGAGAGCUGAUAAACAUGUUUGUGGACACCCUUCAAGGGCCGUAUUUUGAAAAAAUGAUUGGGAGUACCACCUCGGGAUUCUCAGACUUGGUCAUUGCUGGGGAGAAAAUUGAGAAUGGCUUGAAGAUCGGCAAGAUACAAGAUACAACCGCUAUGGUUAGUGGAACAAAGAAGCCUUAUUCCGGAUUCUUAAAGAAGAAGGAAGGAGAGACCAAUGCUAUCGCUCAAGGGGGAGAUGGAGGUUAUCAAAUGCCAUACUAUCCGGUGGCAGCAGUAACACCUCACUCGUAUCCGCAACUAGCGUAUGUCAUUCCAACUGGUCCUCCAGCGAUUCAAUAUCAGCAACCCUAUGCUCCUCAGCAACCUGUUGCUCAACAAAACUACUAUCAGCAAGGUAGACAAGGACCAAGAAGGCCUCCUAGAAGGUUUGAUCCAAUUCCCAUGCCGUAUGGUCUUUUGCUAGCUCAUUUACUCAAGGAUUCACAGGUCCAACUGAGAGAAGCUAAGGCUCCUCCUAUACCUCUUCCUCCCAGGUAUGACAUGAACGUCAGUUACGAGUAUCACUCUGGGACGUGGGGGCACUCGAUCGAGAAUUGCAAUAUCUUCAAGCAUAAGGUACAAGACUUGAUUGACUCAAAAGCAAUAUCGUUCAAGCCGAAUGUUCCAAACAACCCCGUGCAGGCCAGUACAUCUGCAGCGCCUUAG